AUGUGCCCACUCUUUCUGAUUGCCUUUCUCUUCAUGUUCUUUGGCAGUUUGUUGACAAUAUAUGACUAUGUGAUUACAAUCGGCGACGAAAGAGAUUUGAUAUGGCCCAUGUCAUUCAAAUCUCCGUCCAAACUUUUGUUUUUCUUGACACGAUACCUAACCUUCAUAGAUAUGCUUAUCUGUAUUUCACAAGACUUUCAAUAUCAAUUAACUGCAUCAUAUUGUACUUUGAGCACACAUGCCAUGGGAUGGCUUAUGGCAACUGGAUUGAUGUUCUCUGAAGAUACGAAAGUAACACUCAUUGGAGUAUAUAUCUCUUGUAUUUAUGGCAUUGCCUUCUCAGUUCCCCGGAUGUUUGGUGUUCUCAUAUUGAUGAUUAUAAAGGGCAUUCAGAAAUACAAAUUCCAAGGAAAUUCAUCCCUGUACAGGACGGUUUAUCGAGAUGUGAUCUCUGCCAUAAACAUUACAGCUAUACUUGCUUUCCCAUCUGGAACGUGUCAUACACUCCGUUUUGACCUCGAGGAUCCUCCUAUCAUUGCGCCGUCUCGGUACUAUGGAGAAUAG